AUGCGACUACCUUUUCAUCUUCCUGAUCAACAACAAGUCAUAUAUGUUCACAUUUUGGAUGAUAUUGAUGAUGUUCUUGAACAACCUUCAGUUGCUGCUUCUAUGUUCACAUUUUGGAUGGAAUGUAAUAAAAUUAAUAAAGAUGCACGAAAACUUACAUAUGUUGAAUUUCCGACAAAGUUCGUUUGGAAACCUAAUGAUAGGUUGUGGAAGCCAAGGAAAAUUGGACGUUCAAUAAGAAGGAUUCACUCUCUUUCACCUAAACUUGGUGAAAUAUACUUCCUAAGAAUUCUUUUAAAUAAAGUGAAAGGUCCAAAAUCAUUUGAAGAAAUUCGUACGGUAAAUGGUGAAGAAUUUCCUACUUUUCGAGAUGCAUGUUAUGCUUUGGGCCUCUUAGACGACGACAAAGAAUAUGUCGAAGCAAUUAAGGAAGCAAGUCAUUCAAGAACUGGUUUUUAUCUGCGUUUCUUAUUUGCUACGAUGUUAAUGUCUGACAGUUUGGGUAGACCAGAGUUUGUUUGGGAAAAUACAUGGCAACAGUUGUCAGAUGGUAUUCUUUACAACCAGCAACGUAGAUUAAAGUCUCCAGGUAUAACACUCAAUGAAGAUCAACUUAAAAACCUGACUUUGUUUGAGAUCGAACAGAUUUUACUUCCUAACAACACCAGUCUUAAAAAUUAUAACAAAAUGCCUUACCCUGAUUCUGAUAUAGUCUCUUCUUCAACAAAUCGCCUUAUCACGAAGGAGCUAGACUAUGAUAUACCCAUCUUAAAGAAAGAGUUUGAACGAAUGUUUCAUGCAUUAACAAACGAGCAGCGAAAUAUUUUUAUUGAUAUCAUGACUACAGUCAAUGAUAAGAAAGGAGGUGUUUUUUUGUGUAUGUAUAUGGUGGAACAUGCAAAACCUUUCUUUGGAAGACGAUAUCUGCAACAAUUAGAUGUAAAGAUACCGCCUGAUAGCGAACUCGACAGAUUAGUAAGAAAAAGCUCAUUGAUUAUCUGGGAUGAAGCACCUAUGGUCCACAAGCAUGCAUUUGAAGCUUUAGAUCGAGCUUUGAAAGAUGUAUGUAAGUUCGAUAAGUCUAGAAACUCAAAAAUUCCAUUUGGAGGGAAAGCGAUUGUUUUUGGAGGAGAUUUCAGACAUAUUCUACCUGUUGUUCAAGGAGCUUUGGAUAUAGGAGAAGGAAAAGUUGGUGGUUCAAACGAUGGUGAAGAGAUUAUUGAUGUUCCGGAUGAUAUUCUCAUUAAUGAUGCACAUGAUCCUAUAGGUUCAUUAAUUGUGUUUGUAUAUCUUUCAAUCUUAGAAAAAUUCAACGUUACGAGUUAUUUUCAAGAAAGAGCUAUACUAGCUCCGAAAAAUGAAGUUGUCCAACAAAUCAAUGAUCGUUUGUUAGCAUUGUUUCCCGGAGAUGAAUUAGAAUAUUUAAGUUCAGAUAGUCUUUGCCAAUCAGAGUUUGUUCAUAAUCAGUUUGAUCCCAAUUUAUACUCCCCAGAUAUUUUAAAUGGUCUUAAAGUAUCAGGUUUGUCAAAUCACAAGUUAAUUUUAAAGGUCGGUGUUCCAGUUAUGUUACUAAGAAACAUUGAUCAGAAAAAUGGUUUAUGUAACGGCACUAGACUGCAAGUGAAAUCUCUGGGCAAACGUGUUAUUGAGGCAAUUAUCAUAUCUGGAACUAAUAUUGGAAAACAAACCUUUAUUCCAAGAAUGUCUUUAAGUCCAUCUGGAAAAAAAAAAGUUCCCUUCAAAUUUCAAAGAAGACAAUUUCCAUUGGUUGUAUGUUUUGCACUGACAAUUAAUAAAAGUCAGAGGCAGUCGUUAUCAAAGGUUGGUCUGUAUCUCAAAGAUCCUGUUUUUUCACAUGGACAAUUAUAUGUUGCCUUAUUUAGAGUUCAAAGUAGAGAAUGA